CUGACUGUAAUCACGUACUGUCUGUAUGUAGUACAGGAUGUGUGUGUGUGUUUUUUUAACUUGUAAUACUUUUUUAAUGGGAAGUCUGUCAGUACUUCGUCGUUAGUAUUGUAUUGGAACCGUUUUUGUUCAUGUCAGUCUAUUCUACUGUUUAGUUUUUGGAUUCGUUUUUUUUUUUUUUUUUUUUUUUUUUUGUUUAGAGUAAAUGGUCGGUGCAGUUUCUUACUGUUGUUGCACUACUUUAGAAAGGUAGCUACUGGACCUGACUAUAUCGUUAUCAACAACAUCAAUGGGCCUGCUGCUAAAACAUACAUAGAAGAGGAAGGUGCAGUAUCGGUAUAGAAUGUGGCAGAGCAUUGGUCUGACCUUCUUGGUUAUUGUUGCCACCCUAGUAUGUGCCCUGCUGUUCAUGCUGUUUGGGUGGUACGUUGUGUGGCAGCUGUUCCUGUCAAAAUUUAAAUUCCUGCGGGAGCUGCUGGGAGACACCGGGUCCCAGGAGGGAGACACUGAACCAACCGAAAUGGAGGCAGAGUGUGAGUCUCCUCCAACGCCCCGCCACAGACCCAAAACUGCCCGGCAACGAAAAGCACCAGCUGAAGAGGCCAUGUAGAGUACCCGGCCUGGGCACCCUGCUUAAACCUGUUCAUUAGGCCACUAAACACAACUAGGAGUUAGUUUAGUUUCAGACACAAAGCAUAUUUAAGGUAACAUUACUCUCUGUGGUACACCGCUGCUGAAAUGUAUGCAAUAUCUACUGUAAACCAUGUUUUUCUCUGGUUUCACAUUUGAACACAUGCUGCUGCCAGCAAGUGUCCAUGAAACCUUGCUGCUUGGUUCUCAGUGUUUACAGUGUCAUGGAUUUGCUUGCCAAAACCAAAAUGUUGUCUUUUACAGUCAAAGAAGCAUUUGGCAACUCCAUUUAGAUGGCAAAAUCAGCUUAUUGUAAUUUGACAACAGUUCAGUAGAUUAGUAGAUUUUCCAACUCAGAACUGAAUGAUGCUCAUAGGGUCUCACUAAUGUGCAAUGAAAGGAAUAUCUGAUUGUGUCUAAAUGGGGCAGCUGUAGCCAAACUGUUAAAUGCUCUUCAGUAAGCAACACGAUGCGAUCCUUGGUCUGCUUCUGCCAGUAGGUACCUCAAAGGAAGAAUGUUACACCAAGACACAACACUACAUGCUAAUGAACAACAUUACAUCCUAGUUUGCAUGGCUUAAGAACGGCUGCUUUAUACAAUUAUGCUAUAAAAUCAACUGAACAUAACUUUUAGCCCUCUGUGAAGUACAUGUUGUGGUGCACAUUCACAUUAUUUGACUGUGUUUUUUUUUUUUGUUGUUGUUGUUGUUUGUUUAUUGUACAGUACCUGAUUGUGGAAUGCUUUUAUUGUUAAUGUAAUUGUAAUUCAUAUUUAACAUCUCCUGACAUUGUAAACUGACAGUUUACAACUUGUAUUUCACUUUUUUUUGCAAUAGCUGUUGCCUUCAAUAAAUAUAUUUCUUCUUU